UUGGUUGAUAAAAGCAAUGAACAAGUUAGCAACGCGAUUUGUGCGGAUAAAGUUAAAGAUUUAGAUAAGGAAAAGAAAUGCUCAAAGGGACUAGAAGCACUUGUUAAGAUGAACAAGGAGAAUAUUGAAAAGAUUGAUGAUUUCUAUAAACUUCAUGAUAAUUUUGGCAAUUAAACAAACAAAAGCAUGGAACGAAUUUAAAGAGAAAAUCAAAAAUAUUUUUACCGUUGAAAUUGAGACCCCAAAAAUAAAAUUUGAAAAACAAAAAGUAAAGUUUACACUUAAAAAAGACGAAUUCUUUUCUGAAAUUGUUGACAAAAUUAAACUUUAUCAUGAAAAAAUUAACAGAGAAGAUAAAGUAACUGAUGCUGCUGAAACAAUUUAUGCAUUUCCGAAAUUGUUUCGGGAUUGGCUGAGAGAGAAAACAAGUGAUUGGAAGGAGCAGCCUGAAGCUACCAAAGCUUUUAAUUAUAUAAAGGAGGAGAUAACCAAGAGUUAUUCGUUAAGGGAGGAGAUAACACGAUUGAAUGCCCAACGAAAUUGGCCUUAUCACUUGUUUUUGCUUCACACACUUUUUGAAUUUUUCGAAUCUAUUUUUACGGAGGCAAGAAAACAAAUUUCAAGUAAAAACAAUGCCGUUAUAAAUCGAAUCUGCGAUGAGAAACUUUCUGAAAAAGAUUCUGAAAAGUGUGUUGAUUGGUUGAAUAAUCAAAGUAAAAUUCUUGAAAAAUGUAAUGUGAAGAUUGGAACGGUUUUUUCUAAAAGAUUUAAAAACUUGUUGGACAAAUGGGAAGAUUAUUCAAAAAAUAUCAAAGGAAUAUUUGAAGUUGAGAUUGUGGCUGGUGAUGCACCUGCACCUACUCCAGAAGCUCCGAAAGUUCGAAAGGUUAUAAAAAAAGUUCGUGGUAGAGAGUAUUAUCACCCAGAAAGUUUUGAAUACAACCCGGAUGAGUAUAUUUAUGACCAUCCUCGUCAUUAUGGCCCUCCUCGUCAUCAUGGUGAUUAUCGUUUUAUGCCGUAUGGCGAUUCAUUUGAAGUCAAAGGAAACUACCAUUACAAAUCGAGUCCGAAACGAAUGAAAUAUAGUCAUCAAGCAACUUACAAAUAUAAAGGGAAGUGA